CACAUCGCCUGAAUAGUACGUAAGUGCAAACGUACGAUGGCAACCUCGCCGGCAAAUUCCAGGAUCAGGUCGUCGCACGGCGAACCGCCUCCGUCGCUGAACCAAGAGUUGAUCGUCGACCAGAUCCUCACGCGACUGCCGGUGGCCGCAGCCGUGCGCUGCAGAUCGGUCUGCCGGGCGUGGAAUGCGGCCCUCGCCUCCGACCACUUCGUCGCUGCGCACGCAACCAGAGCAGCAGCCGCGCGCCACCCCGAGAUCGUCUUCUUCUCGCCGACAGAGAAGGGCGGCGCCACGUCCUUCUACGCGUGCUCGCUUCCCGUGGACGGGGGCGCGCCGCCUACCGCCGCCGCACGCAAGCUGCUCAGCGUGGGCAACCUCGCCGGCGAGUACCUGGUACUGACCGGCAAGCCGUGCCGUGGCCUGACGCUCGUCUUCGACGUCCGGUUGUCCGAGUACCACGUGUUGAACCUCUCCACCGGCGAGCAUGUAUCCCUGCCGCCGUGCGAGACGGCGGAGGAGAUAACACCGAAAAUAUAUUUUAGAGCAGGUGCGCCCCGGCCCGCUUAUCUGGUGCGUACAUACACCUCGCGAUAUGUGCCAGCCGCUACCGUAAGAUCGCCAGGCCACGGUUAUAUCGAUCGGGUUAGCAGGUCCUUCGUCCGUGAUCUCGCCUACUACACAGAGCAGGCUAGCCGGCGGGGGAGGGGGAUUCAGCAGGGGCAGAGCGGCCGAGGGAACCCGAUCCUGAGCGAGACGCAGGAGGUUCUGGUGCGGCGAGGAGGCACCGGGACGGGCGGGCCGCCGGGGAAAUCCAGCGCCAGGCGGCAGCGGGCACCGCCGCCCUUGACAUCUCGCCCAGCCGGCCAUUGCACGGAUCUAUCGAAGUUAGGCUUUUGGGGUGUAUGGGACGGGCCAAGGUGCAAGUGGGCACCGGCACAAGUUUCGUCACCGGGGAAAUCCAGCGUCGGGGCACAGCGCGCACCGCCUGGCAAGACACACCGCGCCGUCGGCCAUUGGACGGAUUCAACACAGAAUUACAGCAAGCUUAACAAGCUGGCCACGAUCCUGGAAGAAGAUGAGUCAGACAGGGGCGACGGGCAUAACGGUCCUACUUUCAGAUGUUCAGUGCAGAAGGUUUACUCCGUUAUCUCACAGUUUGACCAGCAGAAACGAGACAUCAUUACAUCUAAGGGUUGGGGUGGCACUUUAUCCAUGCCACUAAUCGGCAAGCUAAGCAUCAGACAUAUGGUAUGGCUUUUAGGGAUGGUGGAUGAGAUGAAGCAAGACAUUCGCAAGAAAACCACCGUGUCAAACAUAACAGGAUGUUUGCUUUUCUUACAGGUGUUCUAUCUACACAGCAUCGAUCUGGGGGAGAUAAGCAUGGCACAUGAUGUGUUCCCCAGAAUAAAAGUUUUCACAGCAGAUAAAAUUAGAGCCAUGAUUAAUGCCGACAAACCGAUGGAUUCAAUGAGGAACAGAGAUUUCAUUUUUGGCAUUUCAACGCCAACAGAUGCAGCUGGUUCAGCAUAUUCCGGGGCAGAUGACGGCUUUAUCGCACAGCAACAAGGGGAUGCUUGGGCAUGUGCAUCAAAGAUAUGUGAUUCUUUGAGCUUGUCACAUCAGAUGGCACAGCUGCAGAUGUCUGGCAGUCAUGUGACCGUGGAGUAUGGUACCGUCACGUGCCAUGUACAAGGCACAAGACAGCCGGGCGCCAUGUACAAGGCACAGGAUGCAGACGCGCGGAGGGUUUUCAACUCUGAAAUGAUCCUGCGGUGGGCAUCUCGAGGGAAAGCGGGUCGCUUCGACCGCUACGAUAACGCGGCCCCGGUGCAGCUGUUUCAAAAAUCCGCGUCCGAGAUAACACCGGUGGUUCCAAAGCUCAUGCAGGUCAAACGGCUUCCUCUGGAGCUCUCCAGCACCGGCCUCGGCUUCGACCCGGCGACCGGCCAGCACAAGGUGGUCAGGCUCUUCAGGAACAUCUUCGGGCAGCAGAAGUGCGAGGUGUGCUCGCUUACGGCGUCCGGCGAGUGGCGCUGGCGGCGCUGCGCCGGCGGUGACGCGCCGCCAAGGUUCGCGUGCUACGUCGACGGCAGGCCUCCCGUGGCCCUCGACGGAUCCCUCUACUGGCUGCUGCACCGGCGAACCUGCGCCGACGACGGCAGCGCCAGCUGGGACCCGCAGCAGGACGCGCCCAUCCUGUCGCUCUCCGUCGGCGCCGAGCGGUUCGGGUGGGUGCGCACGCCGCCGCGGCUGGCGUCACGCAUCCGGCACCUCACCAACCUCGACGGCGCCCUCUGCGCCGUCGUGCACGACCGCCUCGUCGACGACGUGCUCCUGCUCGUCACGUGGAGUCCGUCGUCGCCAUCGUGGUCUGCGCGCUGCCGCGUCGACGUGGGCAGCCUGCCCCGGCCGAUCCGCGACGAGCUCAGCGGGGAGCGGGAGAUCGUCCCGCUGUGCAGCGUGAAGAAGAAGGUCCUGCUGGCGACGAGCCGGCACAAGGUGUACGCCUACGACACGGAGCAAGGCGGCGCCGAGGAGGUGUUCGACAUGAACCGCUUUGUCGACGUGCCGCCCCACAACAGCGAGUCACGGCUGUUCGUCAACGUUGGACUCCACGAGGAACGCAUCGGCCCGAAGUUGGCGGGUGACCACUGGCUACAGGUGAAGCGGGGACGAGACAUGGUGCUCGGCAAGCGGGAGGCGUCGUCGUCGGUGUACCAUCUAGAACAUCGGGAGGAGGACGAGGAAUUUCACAGGACGAGAGAAGUGAUCAUGGACCUUGCAUUUCCAGCGUAGGGGUCUUCCUGCCUGCCAUCUAGCUUUUGGACGACGACUGCAGCUCCAGGGCGCUGGUCUUUAGGGGCACGUGCACGAAGAC